UUUGUCUUUGCUUUAUUGCCGGGGCAAUGCCUCCAUUGUGAAUUUGUGCCCAAGAAGAUUCAGGUAUCUGAAAAAUCCCAAGAAAACCAAGUCAAAAGAGAACGAGUUAUGGGAGCCGUUCAUUCAUCUUCUCUAGCUCUCUCCACUGACCCUCGUUUUGUCCCUGUGACUUCCACUCUUCCUCCUUGCGUAUCCAAAGUGUCCAAAUCCAAAUCAAACUCUUCCCUUUUUGGCCGAACUCGGAGAGAAGAUAAAAUCCUAGGGCCACCCGUUUCGAUAUUCACGAGUACCGUUGCCCAAAAUUCAAUCUUUUCCGAGUCUCUCCCUUUGAAGUGUGCGAGGUUCGAGAUGGGGACCAAGAACGAUGAAGUCGCAGGAAAACCCACGUUGGGUUUCGUCGAAAUUGAUCAGGAUUUGGUUGAUAAGAUGGUUUAUGACGCUCUUGUGUGGAGUUCUCUUCAUGGGCUCGUCGUUGGCGACAGAAAUGUUAAGAUAUCGGGAAAAGUACCCGGUGUCGGUCUGGUGCAUGCUCCGUUUGCUCUAUUGCCCAUCUCAUUCCCGGAGAGUCAUUUCAGAGAGGCUUGCGAAUUGGCUCCUAUUUUCAAUGAGCUUGUUGAUCGUGUGAGUUUGGACGGAAAGUUUUUACAAUAUUCAUUAUCCAGAACAAAGAAGGUGGAUGCUUUCACCUCUCGACUCUUAGAUAUCCAUUCCAAGAUGAUGGAAUCUAAUAAGAAAUAUGAGAUACGACUAGGUCUGCAUCGAUCAGAUUAUAUGCUUGAUGAACAGACCAAGUCACUGCUUCAGAUAGAAUUGAACACCAUAUCAUCCUCAUUUCCGGGUCUUAGCUGUCUUGUUAGUGAGCUUCACAGGUCCUUGCUCAACCAUUAUGGAGAAACUCUUGGGUUAGAUCCCAGGAGGAUUCCUGCCAAUGCUGCUGUGAGUCGUUAUGCAGAGGCCUUGGCCAAAGCUUGGAUUGAGUUCAAUAACCCGAAGGCCGCUGUUCUAGUUGUGGUUCAGAUGGAGGAACGAAAUAUGUACGACCAGCACUGGCUUUGCUCUGUCUUGAGGGAAAGACAUAAUGUGAGGUCUAUUCGAAAGACCUUAGCAGAAAUUGAUGCAGAGGCGAAACUUCAGCCUGAUGGCACGUUACUUGUAGGUGGAGUCCCUGUAGCAGUUAUUUAUUUUAGAGCUGGUUAUACCCCAAAUGAUUAUCCUUCAGAAUCGGAGUGGAGAGCCAGGCUACUCAUGGAAGAGUCGGCUGCUAUUAAGUGCCCAUCGAUAUCUUAUCAUUUAGCAGGCACCAAAAAGAUUCAGCAAGAACUUGCAAAACCUAAUGUACUUGAAAGGUUCCUUGACAACAAAGAAGACAUUGCCAAGGUCCGGAAAUGCUUCGCAGGGCUAUGGAGCUUAGAAGACCCUGAUAUCAUUGGUAAAGCAAUUGAAAGCCCUGAGCUAUUUGUCAUGAAGCCCCAGAGGGAAGGGGGAGGGAACAACAUCUACGAUGGCAAUGUGAGAGAAACCCUCUUGAGGCUGCAACGUGAAGGGACUGAGGAGGAUGCUGCCUACAUCCUUAUGCAAAGAAUUUUUCCGACCAUUUCUCCCACAACUCUCAUUCGUGAUGGCAUUUGUUAUAAAGAUCACGCCGUGUCAGAACUUGGGGUAUAUGGUGCUUAUUUGAGGAACAAAGAGAAUCUCAUCGUAAACGAACAGUGUGGUUAUUUAAUGAGAACAAAGACAUCGUCAUCAAAUGAAGGUGGAGUUGCUGCUGGAUUCGCAGUUCUGGAUAGCUUAUACUUGACUUGAGAAUUGAGAAGCGUGGAUUUCAGCUUGUGUUCUAUUGUUAUUCAUUCCGAUAACUGACAGUGACUGAUGCUUGCUCACAAGACCUCCGAACAAGUUCUGACACCCCAUUGAAUAUGGAAAUUCCGCUUUAGAUUCCAAUUGAAGAUUCUUGAAUCGAGGAGGCAAUUGAGGGGAUUAUACGUGUUCCAAUUUGUUGGCAAAAGUCAGGUGCAGGGUCAGUGAAAACAAUCUGACCUAACGUAUCUUAACUUGACAUGACAUAAGGACCUGAGAAGGUCUUAGUGGGAUGUUGGUUCUUUGUAAGCUUUACCAAGUGGUAAUUUCAAGUUAUUUUGAACUUCCUCUGAACUGUUUGAGCCCGAUUAUGGGUAAGAUUCUGAGUUGAAUUGGAUAUAUGCAUAAAUUGCAAGCAAUUCGCAGUAGCUCGACUUA